GGCGCACUUCACACAGCUGUCCAAUCGGGUUUCUGCAUUCUUGACAGCUGGCCAAUCACAGAGCUUGCAGAAGACUGAAAAGUAUUCAAUAUGGAGACAACAGUCGAAAAGCUUGAGGCGAUGUUCCAGAAGUCAGAGGCAGACCUGGAAUACAUUGAGAGGCGUCUGAAGCUGGAUUUCAUCAACAACAGUGCAGAGAAUGGAUGUCCCACUGAGGAGAAUCCAGCGGUGAUGCUGGAGAACCUGAGAGCCAUCAAGGCCAAACACACAGCAUUGUGCUCUCAGCUGAAGGAUAUCGCAGCUGCACAAAAAGAGUCCAUGGACUCCAUCAGAAUCAACCUCAUCAGUGUCAUGGGGCUGAUCCAACAUUUCCAACAGACAACUGAUGUGGAGGUUCAGACAUUGACAGAGUCAGAGCAUGAGUCAACAGAGUUCCUUGGUUCCGCCAUCAGUCAGACCACAACUGAGGUGCCUCCCUUUGUAGAAAUGUCUGGCCAACAACACCCACCAAGUAAGUCUCCUACCCUCAAUUCUUUCCACAGCCCUAGAAUAGACAAUCUCUGGUCCAGACUGAAAUAUCAGCUUCGAAUCAAUUGUAGUGUACUUGUGCAGUUUUACAUAUUCUGCCAUCUGUUGACUGAAUUGAAAUUUCAGACUGAACUCUCCGCCCUUGUGUCCAUAGACUAUGUAUAUGAGAAGCCGAGUAAAGCCAUGUUGGAGGUGGUUCCUCUCAGCAUACGAUCUGACAUCAAGCUGGCCGACCUUAAUGUUUUCUACAAGGAGCUGCAGCAGCAUUUCAGCAAAAACAACAGUGGCUCCCUCAGUGUGCAGAAAAUGAAGCAGUUCCUGCAGCACCUCUCUGUAGUCCAGCCUGAAAGGAAAGGCGACUUUCACCUUGUGAUUUAGGAUGGAUCAACAACUGGAGACUGUGUGUGUGUGUGUGUGUGUGUGUGUGUGUGUGUGUGUGUGUGUGUGUGUGUGUGUGUGUGUGU